AAGUGGGACAAAUGAAGUUCAUUUUCCACAGCUGAUGAUGGCGGAUGUUGUUGAAAAAGACACCAUGAAGAAUUACCACAUAGCGUCUGAGAAAAUUAACCCAGACAUCAGCCGCUAUCCUUACUGUAUUGUGUGGACACCUAUCCCCGUGUUAUCAUGGCUGCUUCCAUUCAUUGGUCACAUGGGAAUCUGCACUUCCACUGGAGUCAUCCGGGACUUUGCUGGGCCUUACUUCGUCUCUGAAGACAACAUGGCUUUUGGGAGACCAACAAAAUACUGGAUGCUUGACGUUAGCAAAGUCUACGCCAGCGGCUCCAACGCCUGGGACACAGCGGUGCACGACGCUUCAGAGGAGUACAAGCACAGGAUGCACAACCUCUGCUGUGACAACUGUCACUCACAUGUAGCCAUGGCUCUGAAUCUGAUGCGAUACGAAAACAGCACCUCAUGGAACAUGGUCAACCUCUGCCUCCUCGCUCUGAUCCAUGGAAAGCAUGUCAGCUGCGCAGGCUUCCUGAAGACGUGGCUGCCUUUCCUGAUGCUGAUGGGCGUCAUCCUCACAGUGGCCCUGGCCCUCAACCUCCGGUGACCUGGGAGGCAGGUUAAGGACACAGUGGAACCCCUGCAGGUCGGAUGUCGGGGUUUGACCUUUUUAAACAGGGAAAAAACUAAACAAAAAAAAAAAAAAAGAAAAAAAAAAAGGGCGGGGGGCAUCACACGGUGUCGAGCGAAAGUAACCGAGGAGAUAAGAGACUUCUCGCCUCACGCAGAGAGCGUUGAGCAGGACUGUCCAACACACGUGUACCAACGCUGGCAGGCGCCGUUUGUGGAGAGCAGGCGGCCCGUCACUGGCAUUACUCCAGCGGGCGAAGCUGGAAGUUUAAAUUCAGUUAUUUUGAGAGAAAUUGACUGAACACCCCCCCACCACCACAACAACAACAACAACAACAACAACAACAACGACAACAACAACGACAACGACAACAACUACCAGGACCAUACAAACACACUUAAUGGAUUAUGAUUGCUGGAAGCCUGACGGCAGGUUUCAGCCACCGCCACCUGCACAGUGUAGCAGGAAACACAUCCAUUGCCUUGCUUUUCAGAUUUUGAUGGUCUUACUUUGUAACGGAUUUGGGAGCGCAAUCCCAUGAUUCAGUGCUUCCAAGGAUGCCAUGUUUUUACCAGGGAGCACAAACAUGUUAAAUCAAUUAGAUGCCUUUCUAAGGAAUUUAUCGCAUUUCAUGCUUGAUCUAAUGUAGCUCUUCUACGGCACUGCGCCGUAAAUAUGCCGGAGCAGUUUGUAUUUUUGUGCAUUUUCUUACUCGUAUUCAGACUAACUCCGGAGGAUAUCAGAAAGUCUGCGUCUUCUAAAAAAAAAAAGAACAACAAAAAAAAACAAAAAAAAAAGAAAUAUUUUCUCAGAGAGUGCAUCACACGUGACCACCUCAUGGUACUACUUCAGUAGGUUUACGAUCGAUCGGUGUUUUCAUACCUUUAACUACAGAUCAUCAGAGCAAUGAUUGUAGCAACCUCAGUGAAUGUGGCUGUGGGAAAUACCUGAGAGAGAAACCGAGAGAACAGCAAAAGCAGCUCCUUUUGGUUUUUUCUGUACUCGUGCCAAAUGUAGGAGAAAACGCGAGACCAACUCAAACUGUGUCCUUGAAUAUGGAACUUGCUCUUCGGUGGAACAGCCCAAAGUUACGUUGAUGUCAGAGUUAUGACACCUGGUGUACUCGUUUUGUUUUUCAUCACUAAUUGUGAGUCUUAAGGGAAGAAGCAAGUGCCAGUGCCUAAAAACGACCUCUCUCUCUCUCUCUCUCUCUCUCUCUCUCUCUCUCUCUCUCAGAUCCUUUAUGUGUUAUAUUUUCAGUUGUUUUUGAUGCGUUAAAAAAAAAAAAAAAAAAAAAAAACGUUAAUUCCACAUGAUGGUUGGCACUCGAAAAUCCGUUGCCAUGGCUUUCGUUGAGUAGAUUCAAAUCCCCUCAUUGUUUGCAAUCAAACAGAAAAAAGUGUCGGGCCCUCUUCUUUGUCCACGGUGCUGCCAGAAGCAGCAGGUAGCCAGGAUCCUCAGGUUUUUCACGCUCUCGCCAACCCCUGCUGAAUAUCCCCAGCCCCCCCCCACCACCACCAACACCAACACCAACACCCUGUAGCGCCUGAUCAGCGUCGCUCCUGCUGUUUUCCACCUCUGCAGAUCAGAUUCGAAGGUCACUGUGAAAUGUCAGCGCUGUCUCACAAAGCUUUUGACACGUACCGGCCAACAUCCUGCAAUAAUCCAAAGUAGAUCAUUUAUAGUGUGUGAGCGUCUCGACCCAAAUCACGUGUGUUCUCUGUAGUGAGGGUUUGAUGCUAGCUAGGGCUAACACAGUGCCAGUUUUCUACACUGUGCUCUCCUCAUUGAGCUUCAGUUGGAAGCAGAUGUUCUCCGGCCUCUUGUGCGUCUUUCACCCAUGUUGCCUGUAAAUAUUUGAACACACAUUAUACUGUACACCAGGUGCUCUUUAUAUACUUUGCAAACUUGAUCGCUCACUACGGAUUUAUCCUUUGAAUAAUUUACAGCGUCAUUUUUGUUUCUGCAUAUCAUCUCUGCUCUGCAGCGAGUUUGUGUGUGCGUGUGUGUGUGUUUGUGUGUGUGUGUGUGUGUGUGUGUGUGUGUGUGUGUGUGUGUGUGCGUGCGUCUUUGUGAUGCACACGAUUGGAGAGAGCAUGUGAUUGCAUGCCAGCAUGUGCGUGUUGCAUGCAUGCAAGAAUAUAUGAGAGUUUGAGAAAGACUGUUCGACUCAUUCUGUGGCUUAAUAAUCACCUGCGUUUCAUUGCAGGCACCCGCCUACUGAUUGAGUUCUAUAUUUAUUACUCCAUAUCUUUAUCUUAAUCUCUUUCAACUUUUAUGCGAUUUGCUGGUAAAACCUUGCAAGAAUGAAUAAUAAAUUAGACUGUAACAGGCUUGAGUUAAUGUUGAUUCGAUGCAAUAGCCUGCGUCUGUGCGUAGCUUUAGAUUGUGGAAGACGAGAGCUGCAGAGUCAUUUUCUCAAAGCAUUAAAACAAGGAAAGAAAUGGAGAACCUGACCUCAACUUGAAAAGUGGAAAUAGUCAAUGUAAAAACACAUUGUUUUGGGAAUAUUUUAAAGCUGUGUCACUAGUAACUAGUGUUCAGAAGUGUCGAGUCUCAAAUAUUUCUGUUUUAAGUUAUUGGAAAAUUUUAUUUUUGGACUUGAGAUACAAGUGAGCCGACCGGUAGCCUUGCAUUGAGAGCGAUGUUACUAAAAGUAGCACGUGUUUCAAGAAAAAGAAAUCUGGAAAUACUCUCGUUAAGCCUAAACUACAGUGACGUUUCACAUCUCUGUCCAAACUUUCACUCGUAGAAAACAAACAGAAAAAGUGAAAAACGUCCUUUGGUUUCUCUGUGAUUGAGCUAAGUGUCAGGAAAAAAACGGGAGCCAAACUGUGUCCUUGAAUACGUCACUUGUUCCUCAGUGAAUCGGCUCAUUCAUCACACGUCGAGCUGAGAAUGAAAAGCCCUUUGAGGGGUCACCUGAUGGACAUUGUCAUUUCACCGCUUCUGACAGAAAUAUAUAGGCCUAUGUAUACUUUAGGACGAGAGAUAUAGAUAAAUAAUACACCGGUCCUUUUUAUCGGCGUGCAUGUGCGAGAAUGCAAAAUUCAGCGGAGAAACCAAUUUCAAUGGGUUUUCGACGUGGCCUGCUUCGGUGCCUUGUUGUAUCCAAGAGCCAGGUCCAGGAAUGUGGAGACCUGUGGUCCCAGCGAUUCAGACCGUUGACAAAAGACAGUUGGGAUGCUAUUAUUAGUGCCACUAUCAAUACUUAUACCAGUCUGCAAUUUUCCAAACCCUCUUUUGUUUCUCUAAUCCCCCCAAAAAUAUCUUUUAUGCUGCAGAUCAUAUGGCCCGCUGGGGAAUUUUAAGACUCCUGCAAGUGACUGUGUGAACUCUGAAUGUGUUUAUGACUUACAGCUAUAAUACCAAUAAAGAUGUCUAUUAUUGUAGAAAA